UUUUCCUUGCGUAGAAAGGGCUUCGCUAUGUCCCUCGUGCCAUGGGCGCAGGAUGCAUCCGACAGAAGAAGUACGAGGUGCCAGUGCCACGAUUGGUGGACCCGGAGCUCGAUGUGCCCUCCCCGGAGCCAUUGAACCUGCCAGCGUCACCGUCCCGUACAGUGGCAGAGCUCAAGGCCACCCUGCGGGACAUGGGGUGGAAGCUCCCCGCGAACGUGGUGGAGAAGAGCGAACUUCAAGCCUUAGUGGAAGAAGCUGAGAAAGAAAAGGCGGCGCGGAAGGCGGCCAAAGAUGCUGCGAAGACGCCAGGUGUGGAUGACCCGUCGCCGACCGCCAGCAGCUCGGUGCCGGAGAUGAAGCGUCGGCUGCGGCAGUUGGGGUUCAAAGUGCCCGGCAGCAUUGUGGAGAAGAGCGAGCUGAAGACCCUGCUGGCCGAAGCGGAGCUACAGGCGGCCGAGCGAGGCCGCCGGCCCAGUGUGCCGAGUGCGCCACCGAAGUCACAUGCGGCGGUGAAGCUGGGGUCACAACUACAACAGCUUGGGGUGGAAUUGCCAGAUGCCAUCACCAGUGAAAGCGAAGUUCGAAGCUACCUGAAAGAGGCUGGGCAGCGACAGCCCACGGUGAAGGUUCCGGGCUUUGAGAAGGAAGUGACCUUGACCUGCACUCGAGGAGCCAAAGGCGUCGCACAGAUCCAGGUGCAAGGCCCAGGAGAAGGACCAGGGAAGACUCCAGCUGAAGCAGCGGCGAUGAAGUUCGACCCCUUGUGCCUCCAGCGGGGCGACAGCAUCGGCCAUGGCUCCUUCGGAAGCGUCUUCAAGGCGAUGCAUCCGGAGACCGGCAUGGUCAUUGCCGUGAAGGAGGUGUACAUUGAUGUGCAACACCAGCCAGAUGAGAAGCUCAAGGUGCAGCUGGAGAAUGAGAUCGACCUCAUGCGGAGCUUGCGGCACCCGCACAUCGUGUCAUAUUAUGGCUGCCAUUGGGCUGACAAUCACCUUCAGAUGUACUUGGAGUACAUGCCCGGAGGCUCCCUUGCCCAGGUUCUGUCCAACUUCGGGCCUUUGGAAGAAAACCUCAUGGCACGCUACACGCAGCAACUGCUCUGCGGCCUGGAGUAUUUGCAUUCACAGAAUCCCUACAUCUUGCACCGAGACAUCAAGGGUGCCAACGUCCUCGUGGGCGUGGACAGCCUGGUGAAGUUGGCGGAUUUUGGAUGUUCCAAACGAGCCAAGGAGACCAUGGCGGUGACCAUCGAGGGUUCUAUCCCAUGGAUGGCUCCGGAGGUGCUGACUCACUCACGCUUUGGACGGGCAGGUGACAUUUGGAGCUUUGGGUGCUUGGUCAUUGAGAUGGCGACUGCAGAUGCCCCUUGGGGGCACUUCGACAACCUGAUGGCAGCGAUUCUGAAGAUUGGCAUGUCUGGCGAAUUGCCUCCCAUCCCGGACACGGUCUCUCCCAAGUGCAAGAACUUCAUCCGGCGCUGUACGCAGCUGGACCCAGGAAAGCGCUUAAGUGCUUCUGAGCUUCUGAACGAAGACUUCAUGUUGGGUUCGGAGAAGCGAGAGGCUGAAGAGGCCACGGAGCAGACCGAGGACCAGCUAGAACCACUGCCACCUGGCUGGGAGAAGCAUUUCGAUGCAAGCCAAAGCGCUUGGUACUAUUGGCACAACACCUCAGGCCGGUCCCAGUGGCAACGGCCAGAGGAGAGUGAGACGGAAGUGGAUGCGAUGAGCUCCAGGGUGACGACGCCUCCAGGAGUGGUGAACGAAGAUUCACCACAGCUCCAAUAGGGGGCGCUCCGAGGUGGAUUUGGUUUGGGAAGCUUCUUGGGCCAGGUCAGUUCGCGCCUUCUGCAAGUGGGUGAGUUUGUAUAGUCAAGUCUCAUG